CUCAAACUGACUAAACUAAAAGAAUCUCGAGUCUGGUCGAGCCUAACUUACAAAAGACUUGUUUCUUUUAAUAUCUCCAUGUUUGACCCCAAUAGCCAAUUAUUUUCCUUCCCAUUCGGAUUUUUCAUUUGACUUGAGGAAAAGAACAUGUGGCUGCCAUGGGAUCAAGUGACACGUGGCGACAUGAAAUUGGGUGCUUACAGAUGAGGCUCAAAUCACCUAAUCCGAGGUGUGUGGCUGCCUGAUACGGAGAUAAUAUUAGAUACUGCUUGCAAUUGCAAAUCACACUAACACACUGAAUUUUCUCCAGUGUGAAUUUUGACCCAACAAGAUCAAUUGAAUUUUGACCAAAAAAUGGCCACCAUCACAGCUUGCACUUCAGCUUCGUUAGUUACACGCGCCGCCCUCGUGCACAAGGCCUCCGCCGUGCGCCCCUCCGCCGUCCUGGGCUUGCCAUCCAUGCCCAAGAACGUGGGCAAAGUUCGAAGCUCCAUGGAAGGAAAGCCACAAGAGAGCGAGCCGAAUGUGGGUAUUGGUAUGGCGGCUUCACUGGCGGCGGCGGCGGCUUGUGCGGCGGCUGUGUCCAGCCCAGCCGCCAUGGCCUUGGUGGAUGAGAGAAUGAGCACGGAGGGUACUGGGCUUCCGUUUGGGCUGAGCAACAAUCUAUUGGGCUGGAUCAUUUUCGGCGUCUUUGGUUUAAUUUGGGCUCUCUACUUUGUCUACGUUUCGGGCCUCGAGGAGGACGAGGAAUCUGGGCUGUCACUUUGAGCUUGGGCCUUGGAGCUUUGGGGGAUUUUAGUAGUUUUUAAUACAUCUCCUUUGAUGAUGAGUAUAAAAUAUUGUGUUCAUUGUGUGCUUGUAAACAGCUACUUUUUAAUGUAAUCUCCUGGUUUUCAUUGCCCUUUUUGUGCCUUGAAAUUAAGUGUGAUUGAUGAUUAGUAGAGUGUUGGACAUGAUCAUAGACUACAAUUAUGGUAAAUCUAAUUGCAAAUGCAGGAUGCUCUUAUGCAUACUCUAUUAUUUAUUAGUUAUAAUUUUCAGCAUUCAUGUCAUAAGUUCAUAUUUGCAACAUCAUACUUUUAAAAUCAAGGCAAAAUUGCAAAAAAAGGCACAGUUUUUUAGGCUUUGU